GCGUCACUUCCGUUCUAGUCUAGUGUGGCGCGAGUCGCGAGAAUACACACAGACAUAUUUACGAACACACAAUUGCUGUGUUGCAUAUCAGAUAGCUGAAAACCAGCAUAGCCGUUUGUGAAAGCGCGAGUUUAACUUUGUGUAUAGGGCUGUGAUUUUAUGUAUUUGAGGAACCAUGCCGCGGAGAAAGAGAACAGCAGGUAGUAGUUCAGAUGGGACUGCUGAUUCUGAUGAUUCUGGAGAACACGAGAAGACCGACAGUUCCCACAGUGAAGCCAACCAGCGCAAUAACACCCGCAUGACCCGAGCGUCACUGCGCCUGAGCCAGAGCUCUCAAGAUGCCCCACCAGAUGUGAAACAAGCAACAGAAAGAGAUGAGUCUCCCCCCAGGACACCCACGGGAAAUGCCCCCUCAUCUGAAUCGGACAUUGACGUAUCCAGCCCCAAUGCAUCACAUGAUGAGAGUGUGACUAAGGACCAGAAAGACUCUGGCAGUGAUCCCUCUAUUCGGCCAAAACGACGUCGUUUCCAUGAGAGCUACAACUUCAAUAUGAAGUGCCCCACACCUGGGUGCAAUUCUCUUGGACAUUUAACUGGGAAGCAUGAGCGUCAUUUCUCAAUAUCUGGCUGUCCUCUCUACCAUAACCUCUCAGCAGAUGAGUGCAAGGUGAAAGCCAUUGAGCGAGAAAAACAAGAGGAAGAGCGCAGUCAAGGGCAGAAUGAGGAGAACAGACACGCUACUCGACAUCAGGCUCCUACGCCAAGACAGGUUCGAUAUAAGGAGAAGGUCAUAGAGAUGAGGAAGAGAAGGGAUUCUGGCCUGACGAAAGACCAAAAAGAAAAGUACAUGGAGCACAGACAGAUGCAUGGAACCACUCGAGAACCCCUCCUGGAGAACAUCACCAGUGAAUAUGAUCUAGAGCUCUUCAGAAAAGCACAGGCCCGUGCAUCAGAGGAUCUGGAGAAACUUCGGCUACAGGGUCAGAUCACAGAGGGCAGUAAUAUGAUAAAGACCAUUUUGUUUGGUCGCUAUGAGCUGGACACUUGGUACCACUCUCCCUACCCUGAAGAGUAUGCCCGGCUGGGACGUCUGUACGUCUGUGAGUUUUGCCUCAAGUACAUGAAGAGCCAGACCAUCCUACGCAGACACAUGGCCAAAUGUGUGUGGAAACACCCCCCUGGUGAUGAGGUCUACAGAAAAUGUGCCAUAUCUGUGUUUGAGGUUGAUGGGAAAAAGAACAAGAUCUAUUGCCAGAACCUGUGUUUGCUGGCCAAGCUGUUCCUGGACCAUAAAACACUGUACUAUGAUGUGGAGCCUUUCCUGUUUUAUGUCAUGACUGAAGCUGAUAACACAGGCUGCCACCUAGUGGGCUAUUUCUCAAAGGAAAAGAACUCCUUCCUGAAUUACAAUGUGUCUUGCAUCCUGACUAUGCCACAGUACAUGAGGCAGGGCUACGGCAAGAUGCUAAUUGAUUUCAGUUACCUGCUGUCUAAGGUUGAAGAGAAGGUGGGCUCUCCUGAGCGUCCCCUCUCAGAUUUGGGCCUCAUCAGUUAUCGCAGCUACUGGAAGGAAGUUCUGUUGCGCUACAUGUACAAUUUCAAUGGCAAAGAAAUCUCCAUCAAAGAGAUCAGUCAAGAGACAGCAGUGAACCCAAUGGAUAUUGUCAGUACUCUACAGUCACUUCAGAUGCUUAAGUACUGGAAGGGGAAGCAUCUGGUCUUAAAGAGACAGGACCUAAUUGACGAGUGGAAGGCCAAAGAGACCAAAAGGGGCAACAACAACAAGACAAUAGACCCCAGCUCUUUGAAAUGGACCCCUCCCAAAGGAACCUAAUGGAUUGUUUUUUUGUUGUUGUUUUUUUUUUUUUUUUUAAGUAUUUUUAUGACGUUAACUUCAUCAACGUCUUAUUCAGUUACCUUGGCUGGUAGUGUCAUUUUUGUCUAUGUUUUGCCCUUUGUAACAGAUCUCCCACUUUUGUUUUAUAUAGUGCUAUUUAUUUUUGAAUUCUUUGUAUUUCUUAAUGUUUCACUGGCCAAAGUAUUUCUUUGCCCCAGCGUAUAUUAUUUUUAUCAGUAGAAUGUAUUCGAAAAUAUUGGGGGCCUUACAGAAAAAAAACUUUUAGAUUUACAUUGUUAAAGACACAUGCUUUUUCUCUUCAAUGAUUGUACCUUUUUUUUUUUUUGGUUGAAAGGUUUGUGAAAUCAGUGUGUCCGUUUAAACCAGAAGUAGGCAAGCACCUGUUCGUUUUGAUAAAUACUUUUUAUUAAGUCACGUUUAAUAUCUGAGGCAAGACUUUUACUUGCAUAAAAAUGCUCCAAAACAAUCUUCUCAUAAGUAUAACUUUAUGCGGGCCUAUAAUGAUUCUGUAUUGAUACACAGGAGUGAUCUCUGUCUCCAUAAAGUCUGUAACGCAGCAUUGGAAACUUCGGUCUGUUAACCGUCACCAGUAGUACUGCAGUUUGUCCCAUUCCUCUUGCAAAUCUGCUGUGUGAAAAAGAACAUAUGGUUUCAGACUUGUAAACUGGUGUUUCAUUUCAUCAAUUUGCAUAAAUACAGUUUUGAACUUUCAA